CAAAGGAAGCCUGUCUGUAAUCUUCUAGAAAACUUGGAUUGUCGACCUACCAACAUCUGAAAUCAUGGCUACAUCUGCCUGGUCUCCAGAAGCCUUUGCUUGCCCAAUAUGUUUGGAAAUACUGAAAGACCCUGCUACACUUCCAUGUGGACAUGCCUACUGCCUUCUCUGCAUCCAGAAGCAUUGGGAUCAGACAGCGACUAAAGGCUCCUAUGAAUGUCCUCAAUGCAGACAACAUUUUAACCCAAGGCCCCUCCUGGCUAGAAGCAACGUUCUCAUGGAGGCUAUAGAGAAACUGAGAUUGAGUGAACGGGAUGGGCCAAACUCUUCUUUGUAUCAGUCUAUCACCUCAUCUCCAGAUAUGCAGCCUUCUACUGAUUUAGCAGGAUCUGCUGAGAUUCCUGCAUCCCAGAGUGGUCUAUAUCCCGCUCUCCCCUCGAGCUCACCGCAGCUGUGUCCGCUGCAUCAGCAGGUGUUGGAGCUGUACUGCUGUGAUGAUAAAGAAUGCAUUUGUGAUGAGUGUAGCCUGCUUGGCCAUAAAGGCCAUGAGGUGGUCCUUCCAGAUGAAGAAAGACAAAAGAUUCAGCAAGAGCUCAUACUGGUGAAUGCUCAGGUACACAGGAGCAUUGCAGAAAGAGAGAAGGUCAUUCAAAGACUUCCCCAUGUCUCACAGGAACACAAGAGCUCAGUGCAGAAGCUGAUGAUGGACAGUCAGAUGAUCUUUGCUGAUAUUUUGAGGAGUGUUGAGCUCAGCCGCUCUCAGGUGUGUGAGCUGCUUCAGGCACAUGAGAAUUCUUCCUGUUGCCACAUAGAGGCCCAAAGCUACAAACUACAACAAGAGAUCAUCCAACUACACAAAAAACAAGAAGAACUUAAGAAACUAGACGACAUUCAAGAUCCCAUUAGUUUUUUCAAUACGUUCAGAGCCGUGGAUUCUAUGGAACAGACUGAAAAUGGUCCAAUGGAGAUGUUUACUCCAGAGUCUGUGGUACCUGGGGUCAAAUCGGCUUUGGAGUCUUUCAGACAGGAGUUGGAUAAUCUCACCAAAACCAACCUGGCUAGUAUCUUUAGAGUUGUGAAUGAUGCAGCUGCACUGGCACAAACAUCCAUUAAGGCGCAUGAUGAAAGUGUCAUCUCCAGCAAUUUACAGACGCCCUUACAAAACCCAGCUACACAAGUAAAGUCUGACUGUCCUAAAGCAGAUGUUAAACCCAAAGUCAAAGCUUCCUCUCUGGCAACAGGAGAACAUCGCAAAGAGCAGGGUAGUUCAUCUCUGAAUCCAGUGGAGGGAUCGAUGCCCUGUUGUCUGGUUAAUCCAUCACCUAAAACCAGAGAGGAAAUGCUGAAAUACCGAAUUGAGCCUACACUAGAUUAUAACAGUGCUUUCCAUCAAAUUCGUUUGUCUGAUGGAUAUCGCAAAGCAACACUGUGUGCAGUGAACCAGAAUUACCCUGAGCAUCAUGAGCGCUUCACCUUCUGGAGGCAGAUCAUGUGUGUGGAGGCGCUGGCCGGAAGCCCGUACUACUGGGAAGUGGAGUGGACUGGACAGAGGGUGACCAUCGGUGUGGCGUAUAAAGACAUGGCACGUUCCGCAGCCGAUGACAGCACCAGACUGGGUCACAACACACAGUCCUGGAGUCUGUACUGGUCCGGCAAAGCGUUCUCUAUGUGGCAUGCUGGGAAAGAAACUGUACUGGCAGGUCCAAAAGCCAGACGCAUCGGGGUGUACCUGGACCAGCAGACCGGUGUACUGGCAUUUUACAGAGUCUCCCAUAAUCAGGCCCAAGAAAUAUGUAGUGUUCAUACACAUUUUGAUGGACCGCUCUUCCCCAGUUUCCGCUUCUGGUCUGGAGUCGGUUCCUCCAUCACUAUCUGUGAGCUCCACUAAAGACAUUUGAAUUAUUGUCAGAUGUCCACCUCUGAAAGUUAAACUCAGACAGGGGGAAAUUACUGAAAAUAACCCAAGUAAAGAUACAUGAAGAAUAUCGACUGUUGAGAAUACACUUCUGUUGUGAUCUAUAAUUAUUAUAUCCAGAAAUCUCUCAUGCCAGGUUAAAAAUUAGCAUUCUGUAUACUUCUCUUUUUCACUUUUUUAUAAGAAUUUAAAUAACUUUGUGUGUGUGUGUGUUGUAAUAAAAUCAUGUGCUUUGCAUUUUUAAGUUUUACUCUAAGGGCAAUAUUUGCCCCUGGAUUUCAUUUUACCAUUAUGGCAUGUUCUUUUUCUGACCAUUUAAUACAUAAACGGU